UGUAUGAUAUGAUGUGAUACGUGCGGCAGGGCUCGGGUCAUUUGCUUCGCAACAGAGGCGGGGCGACGACAACAUUUGUGUCAGAGCGCGUUUGUCAAUAAAGUUUUUUUUGAAUAGUUCAUAGUGUAGUGAACAAAUGGGUAGCAUUACAGAUGAUGAGGUUAUUCGGAAGCGUCUUCUCAUUGAUGGAGAUGGAGCUGGAGAUGAUAGACGCAUCAAUGUUCUCAUGAAGAGCUUCUCCAAAUGGUGUCAUUCAAACUUCACACCAGAGGAAGGGUUAGCACAGUAUCAAAGAAUGUUGGGAUCUUUGGCUCAGUGUGAAUUCUCCAUGGGAAAGACGUUACUUGUGUACAACAUGAACCUGAAAGAAAUGGAUAAUUAUGAAGCAAUCUAUGGAGAUAUUGAGAAAAGUAUAACCUCAGCCCAUGAAAAAAUUGCGGAGUGCAAAAAAGAAAUCCUGAGAGCUAAAAGGAUACGAAAAAAUAGGCAAGAGUAUGAUGCUUUGGCGAGGGUUAUCAAGCAACAUCCAGACCGACAUGAGACCCUAAAACAGCUUGAGGCUUUGGACAAAGACCUUAAACAACUUUCACAAAUCAAAGAGAAUGUGGAGGACAAGUUGGAACUUCGUAAGAAACAGUUCCAUGUUCUUCUCACCACAAUCCAGGAACUUCAGCAAACUUUGGAGGAUGAUGAGAAGAUGGAAAGUGAUGAUGCCCAAGACAGCCCAUUGGAAAAUGGAGACUAAGCAUUUGGAUUUUUCUACAUUCGUUUUUGGGAAUAUGAGCUUUUUGCGAGCUUACAGCGUUCCUUUUCUUUUGUUCGUUAGUUUUAUUAGUUCUUUUGAUGUUGAUUUUAACUUGUACAGUUUUACAAAUGGCAUGACUGAAUUAAACAUGUUAUCAAUGCUA